GGGUAAGUGAAGAAGAUGCAGUGGUCAAAUGACCAGGGCAGUGUGUCAGUGCCUCAUUCAAGAGUUGUUUUUGGCUGUGAGAAGGAGAAUGGAACAGACAGUCUGCAGCAAGGAGUCAGCCCAACCCCGGCGUCGUUUCCUCAUGGGAAGUUGUUACCAAUUUCACCAACAUGGCCUUUCACGGAAGUCAAGUCUUCUUUGGCAGCAGACAGAAUCAAGAGUGCGCUGGGACAGUCUCUCGACAAUACGAGCUUGUUGCACUUGGCCCGGACACCUCCGCCCAAGAUGCACCGCAAGACCAGAGCUCAGGGGGACUUCUCUUCUUCCCUUUAUCAAGGAAGCGGACAUAGUGCCUCUCUGGAACCAUUCAAGGACUCCACCGAGUCCCUGGUCCAACCAAGGCCUCAAGGGGACAGAGAAGCGGCGGAUGUGUCAGUGGACUCCUCAGUGUCACCCAAGAUAGAACCAACUGCAGCAGCUGCUGCUACUUUGCUUCUGAGGAAAUCGAGUCCACCAGCACUGUCGGCAGCCCUGGUUGCCAAGGGCACCAGCAGCAGUGGCUUAGCCAAGAGCAGUGUGACCACUGCUCUAGCUAGAAAUGUCACCAACGAGGCACCGGCUGCUCCAAAGUUGACCGCGGGGGCAAUCCACACUGCCUUCCCAUUUACGCCAACCUACAUGUUUGCUAGAACAGCGCACACCGUGAGCACACACGUGGCCGUGCAAAGGAACACAGGCACUGCCUCUGGCCUGUUGUCCACGACGCACCUCCCCAGGAAACCACAAGCCAUGCACACUGGCCUCCCAAACCCCACCAAGCCAGAGAUGCCCAGAGCAUCCACUCCUCGCCCACUGACGAUCACGGCAGCACUGACGUCCAUUACAGCGUCCGUGAGGGCCACACGCUUGCCACCUCUGCAGGCAGAAAACACCGAUGCUGUUCUUCUUGCUGCAUCAACUGCAGUAGUCACGACUGGCAAAAUGGCAUCCAACCUGGAGUGUCAAAUGUCCAGUAAGCUCCUGGUGAAGACAGUCCUCUUUCUAACCCAGAGGAGAACGCAGAGCAGUGAAUCCUUGAAGCUCAGUGUAGCCAGAGGGCUCACGCAGGCCCUUCGGAAGGCUUUCCACCAGGCUGAUGUCACAGCUCACGUGGACAUUCUGGAACAUUCUCAUAACCUUUCAGUUGGUUAUUAUGCUACCAGAGGGAGGCUGGUGUACUUGCCUGCCGUCGUGAUGGAAGUGCUGGGGGUUUACGGAGUCAGCAAUGUCACUGCAGAUCUGAAGCAGCACACCCCAAACCUACAGUCUGUGGCCGUCCUUGCCUCUCCGUGGAGGCCCCACCCUGCAGGAUACUUCCAGCUAAAAACAGUGCUACAGUUUGUGAGCCAAUCAGACAACAUACAGUCCUGUAAGUUUGCCCAGACAAUGGAGCAGAGGCUGCAGAAGGCAUUUCAGGAUGCAGAGAGAAAAGUUCUCAACACCAGAAGCAACCUGAAGGUUCAGAUUGUGAGCACGUCCAAUGCCUCCCAGACUGUCACCUUGGUGUACGUCGUGGGCAAUCAGAGCUCGUUCCUCAAUGGCACCGUGGCCAGCAGCCUCCUCGGCCAGCUCUCUGCCGAGCUGGUAGGGUUCUACCUCACCUACCCUCCGCUCACUAUUGCCGAACCAUUGGAAUACCCCAAUCUUGAUAUAUCAGAAACAACCAGAGACUAUUGGGUAAUUACAGUGCUGCAGGGUGUGGAUAACUCCCUUGUGGGCCUGCACAACCAGAGCUUUGCCCGCGUCAUGGAGCAGCGCCUUGCCCAGCUAUUCAUGAUGUCCCAGCAACAAGGCCGGAGGUUUAAACGGGCCACCACCCUGGGAAGCUACACUGUGCAGAUGGUAAAGAUGCAGCGUGUGCCGGGACCCAAGGACCCAGCAGAGCUGACUUAUUACACCCUCCACAACGGGAAGCCAUUGCUGGGAACUGCGGCGGCCAAGAUCCUGAGCACCAUUGACUCCCAAAGAAUGGCCCUGACCCUGCACCAUGUUGUCCUUCUGCAAGCUGACCCCGUGGUGAAGAACCCACCCAACAAUCUGUGGAUCAUUGCCGCGGUCCUGGCGCCCAUCGCCGUGGUCACAGUCAUCAUCAUCAUCAUCACUGCCGUGCUCUGCAGAAAGAACAAGAAUGACUUCAAGCCAGACACUAUGAUAAACCUGCCGCAGAGAGCGAAGCCUGUGCAAGGCUUUGACUAUGCCAAGCAGCACCUGGGCCAGCAAGGGGCAGAUGAGGAAGUCAUUCCUGUGACUCAGGAGACCGUGGUCCUUCCCCUGCCAGUUAGAGAUGCUCCUCAGGAGAGGGACAUCGCUCAGGACGGGAGCACCAUCAAGACGGCCAAAUCCACUGAAACCAGAAAGAGGUCGCCCAGUGAGAAUGGCUCUGUCAUCAGCAACGAAUCAGGGAAGCCCAGCUCAGGGAGACGCUCACCCCAGAAUGUAAUGGCACAGCAGAAAGUGACAAAGGAGGAGGCAAGGAAGAGAAAUGUACCUGGCACUAGUGAUGAAGAGGAGGGAGCCGUUCUGUUUGACAGCUCUGGCAAGGCGGCAGCAGAUCCCUUCGACACGUCUUCCGGGUCUGUGCAGCUCAUCGCGAUCAAACCCACAGCCCUGCCUGUGGCGCAGCCCACCUCGGACAGGAGCCAGGACUCCUCGGCGGUGCUCAACGGUGAGGUAAACAAAGCCCUAAAGCAGAAGUCAGAUAUCGAGCACUAUCGGAACAAGCUGCGCCUCAAAGCCAAGAGGAAGGGGUAUUAUGACUUCCCUCCAGUGGAGACAAACAAGGGCUUGACCGAAAGAAAAAAGAUGUAUGAAAAAGCCCCAAAGGACAUGGAGCACGUUUUGGAUCCAGACACGGAACUGUGUGCUCCAUUCACCGAGUCUAAAAACAGGCAACAGAUGAAGAACUCUGUCUACCGAAGCCGGCAGUCUCUGAACAGCCCUAGUCCAGGAGAAACCGAGAUGGACCUUCUGGUCACUCGGGAGCGACCCCGGCGUGGAAUCCGGAACAGUGGAUACGAUACAGAGCCUGAAAUCAUAGAGGAAACCAACGUGGACCGAGUUCACGAUCCCCGGGGCUACGCCAGGUCCCGGCCAGUGAAAGGCCACUCUGAGACCUCCACACUGAGCUCGCAGCCAUCCAUCGAUGAGGUGAGGCAGCAGAUGCACAUGCUUCUGGAGGAGGCCUUCAGCCUAGCAUCUGCCGGCCACGCUGGCCAGAGCCGCCACCAGGAGGCCUACGGCUCCACUCAGCAUCUCCCCUACUCCGAGGUGGUGACCAGCGCCCCUGGGACCAUGACGCGGCCCAGGGCGGGCGUGCAGUGGGUGCCGACCUACCGCCCAGAAAUGUACCAGUACAGUCUGCCCCGGCCGGCAUACAGGUUUUCCCAGCUUCCUGAAAUGGUCAUGGGCUCUCCGCCUCCUCCUAUACCUCCCCGGACUGGGCCAGUGGCUGUUGCUUCUCUCAGACGGUCCACCUCAGACAUCGGCAGCAAGACCCGGAUGGCCGAGUCUGUAGGCCCUGAGCCAGCCCAGCUGCAUGAGAGUGCCUCGUUCGCCCAGGUGUCCAGAAGUCCUGUGUCCGUGGCACAGCUGGAUCAGUCAGCUUUAAAUUACUCAGGUAACACGGUGCCAGCGGUGUUCGCCAUCCCAGCAGCCAACAGACCUGGCUUCACUGGCUACUUCAUCCCGACGCCUCCUUCGUCCUACAGGAGCCAGGCCUGGAUGCCCUACGCGGGAGAGAAUGAGCUCCCGAGCCAGUGGGCUGAUUCGGUGCCCCUGCCCGGGUACAUCGAGGCCUACCCUCGGUCACGGUAUCAGCAGAGCUCACCUUCCAGGCUCCCACGCCAGUACAGCCAGCCAGCCAACCUGCACCCCAGCCUGGAGCAGGGCCCUGUGCCCUCCGCAGCAGCAUCACAGCAGAGCCUGGCGGAAAAUGACCCAUCCGAUGCUCCCCUGACCAACAUCUCCACCGCAGCUCUUGUGAAAGCCAUCAGAGAGGAAGUGGCCAAGCUGGCCAAAAAGCAGACGGACAUGUUUGAGUUCCAGGUCUAACAGUUCAGCUCCGUGGGACUCUGUACUUCCAGACACCAAGGAAUCAAGCUUUGGGGUCCUCACACCUAUUGUGUGUGGACCUGAGACACUGACAAGGGGUGAGUCUUCUUCACCCUCAUUUUCCGAAAAGAUGAACAAUGGUGCUUCUGGGAAACAGAGGAAACUCAUGAACCACUGGAUUCUUGGCUCAUGCACCUGACCAUGGCUCACAGGUCCUGCUUGGGACCAUGUGUUUCAGAUACUGCUAUGUUGAAUGUUUGAUUCAUGGAUUUUUUUUUCCCAAGAAGCCUUAGUCAAGAGAGGCACUCACUAAUCUAUAGAUUUCUUGUCCAAUGCCACAUUUGAAUAAAUCACCAGAAAGGGGAGAAUAUAGCUCUAUCUUUGGUGACCUCUGCAUGUUAACCCUUUUCUGUGUUAAAGGCAAUGCAGGAGUGUGAAUUACACCCCAGACUGUCUUCUCUCUCAUUCAGCCGUGACCAUGAUUGCUAAAAUCAUCUCUAUAAAGCAGACACUGAAUCCAGCCAAGAAACUUGAGUCUCUUUGCUCUUAAAGGUUCAUAUUCAGAGUCACGUGAAUUGGAUGUACCAACGGCUGCACCUAUAAAUAGUUCUGAUCCCCCCCCAACAAGGUUAAUUAAAGGGAGAGAUGAGUGGGCAUGGUGGGUUUGUGUCGAAAAGCUUUUUAAAAGGUGUUGUCACUUGGAAAUAGAGUACCCUGUGCGUUGGGAUUAAAAUGAAAGAGAAUCGGUGCUAAGAGCUUUUAGGAUCCUACAAAAGAAAAAUAGGUAUUUGUAGAGGUUUUUCUUUGCCUGCAUUGAAGCUGGCCUGACAACAGAGCUUCUCUCUUAGGGCUAAAAGAUACAUUGACUUUUACAUGAAAAUCUCGGUCUCUUCAACACUGGCGUGCAGCCUGUUCUGCCAAGGGGUACAAGAGAAAAUCAUCAUUGAUUCCUGUUAGAAAUGGGAGCAAUGGUUCUUGGUUAUUCCAAGCUGCAGCCUCAGUUUACAGAAGUUUCUGAAUGUGGAAAAUCUGUUGAUCUGAAUUUAAAUGUAAAUAACCGCUAUUUAAAAUGUACAGAGUUUGACAAUUCUCUAUGGUUUAUGGACACAAGAGGACAUUUGUCAAAAUGGCAAGGCUGCUACCUUGUGACCGUGAUGUUCCAGGUCAACCUUCUUGGCGUGGAGAAUUGGCCUCCUGAGUUCCAAGUGGAGGACGUUGCCCCACAGGACUGGGGCACCAGCCACUGACUACCAUGAAUGCGGGCAGCACGUCUCCUGCCUUUUGGGUAGCAUGUAUGGUGUUGGGGGCUUACUUGGUGUCUGUUGGAGAGUGAGGUCCUGUCCUGCCUUCACCCAUGACCCAUCUGGUUUCAGUAGUUACCAUUCCCUCCUGACCCCUCUGUCCAUUGUCCUCAUGAGUUUCUUUGGUCUUUACCAGAAAGAAGAAGGUGGAAAUUUAAAAGUUGGGAGAAAAGUAGGAAUGAAACUGAUUAGAAUGGGAGAUUCAAACUCAAAGCACAGACUUUUCCGAGAAGCUGUUUUUAUUUCCCAAUGGCAAAUUGCCCUUUCUGGAAUGUUCAGAGAUGAAGUAUCAUGGAAUCCUCAAACAAGUCUCUUGUUCCGAUGAUAUUAGGUAGUGUCCUUUUAGUAUGCUGGUUGAUCUUUCAUAGUGUUAGUUUUUGUUACUUAAAAAGAAAUCAGCUAUAAAUAAAAUGUAUUUUUGUAAUUUCCAUGUGUACAUAUGGUAUAUUUCUACCAAUGGCCAGUUGUUGUAGUCCAAAACCUAAAUCAGCUUGCAGAACACUGUGGAUGGGGCGAGAUUUUAUCGACAGAUUAACACAAUGCCUAGGUCUAUCCAAAUCGGCAUUCAAUGCACUUGAAUGAACAAAGAGCCAAAGAAACUCAGCCUUUUCAUGCAGAUGGUAUGAGUCUGAUAAGUCAGCUACGUUGUCCCACUUUAUCAAUGAUACCAAUAUUUCAUCAGUGCAAUGAUAUCAACCCAGUACUUUGUCUACCUGGUAAAUGUCUGGAAAUACCAUAUGUGAAAGUGAAGUUGAAGACCUUAGUGUCAUUGAGAGAUAUGUACAUGUUUCAAAAGACAAAAGCUUUGGAUGUUCUGGUGAUUACAGAUCAUGAUUCUGGAGUUUGCCCCGGUGUAGUUCCGGAUUGCUAAGACAGUGGAGCUACAAAUCAUUGCAGUCUUCACAGAACCCCAUGAAAUAUUUAGUCCAUUGAAAAAAGUAAGAUAUAGCAUGCUAAAUCAGACAGUCUCUUAAACCAGAAACUGCAGGUUCAAGAAAAGUAAAUGAGAAGAAACAAUAGUGUAUGAAGGAAAAUCUGUUUGUAUUUUCCCAAAAAAGGGGAGAGAGCCGCCAUUGUUCACCUUUCUGGGACUAUGAUGUGGUCCCUUCUCUGAUGUCUCCUGACCUCCUGGAGGUGACAGACACCAGGGUAAAUGAAAAGGUAGAUGGUAAAAUGUGCUUCAUGGAAGUGAAAUCAGGGUUUCAUAAGAAACCUACAGAGACAGCAGUGAGCAACUCAGUGUUUAUCAUGACCCUCCAGGCAGUCACAAAAGCCAUAGAGGGUGUCAGUCACCGUGGAAGAGGAAGCGGAAGUCCAGAGAGAAGUGAGCAGCCCAAGGAUCAAGCCCACCCCUGCUAACUCACGGUCCAGUCUGCUCUCCAUGUACCAUGCUGCCUGCGCGCUUGCUGGUGACACAUGCUUUAACUGUGCCUGAAAAUUUACAGAAUAAACAAAGCUCCUGUGAGGGACUUCCUAAUGCUCUUGCCAAGAAAAAAAAAAAAAGAUGCUUGAGUAAGGAAUUUAGGGUAUAGUGUAUAGAGGGCGACACCUUUGUGGCAUAAUAAACGUUUUUUCAGCACUGGUUUUUAUAUGAGUUUUCUGCAUUCGUGAAAAAAAAAUGCAGUCUGGCUUUUUCCAGAGAGGACCAUCAAGGAAACGGUGUCCUCAGAUGCCGUUCAAAACUGUGGGGUUGACGUCCCCUCUCUUGGUGCCCUAGAUCCAACAAGCAGGCAGGGACGCGCUGAUGGCUUGUCCCUGAAAGGCAGCAGGUGCCGUCCUUCACUCUCGGGGAGAAACAGGCAGUUCAGAGGUCUACGGCGUGACCUGGCACCUAUGAUCUGAGGCUCGUGUAAUAAGAGGAUGGCAAGUGUGACCUGUGGAACAGCAGUCUGCCUUCCAAAGUGUGGGUUGUGUAAGAGGCACUUCUCCAGUCCCGAAAAAGUUAUAUGCAUUUGUUAUUUUAAGAACCCAUCAAAAGGGCGUGUAAUUUCUGAGUAAUCUUCAUGGAAGAAAGGAAAUUGUUAGAUGUGUGAUUUAAAAAAAAUUCAGAGCGAGUAUAUAAAAUGGAAAGAAGAGGCAUUUAAAUACCUAACAAAGAUAGAUGCUUUACUAACAUUAUGCAGAAAUUGAAGGCACAAAUCAAAAACAUGUAAAUAUUGGUUACAUAUAAAUGAGUUUCUGCAUAGCACACAAGUGCUUAAAGUUUAAUGAAUAGAAGAUACUAUUUUUAAAGUUUAAGAACAGGAUUUGGACUUUAAAUUGCUCCUACCACAUACCAGAAAAGAAUGUGGACUUCCCUUUCAAAAUACAAUGAAAGACUCUUAGGGAAUGAUAAAAAUUAAACGGGAAGUAGUGACCAACUGGGGUCUAAGUGUUAGAAGUUAAACUCCGCCCUUUUAUCCAACCCCAAAUAUAUUCUAGACAAGGAGCCGUGAGGGCUAGGAAGCCUUCCACACUCACUCAAGUGCAGGAGUUGAAUGAAAGAAUACAAGGACAUUUUAUAGAAAUAAAACACAGCUCCCCAAAAGGCAAGGGAUAGGGGCAGCUGCCUUGCACCUGUGCUCUGGCUCUCUUAUGUUCUUCAUCUGUUUCUCUCUAUGUAUCUGCUCAGAUAUUCUGCUCCCCUUGGCCAACAGAUUUUCUCAUUAGUGCAAAUGACAAACCUACUCCAGGACGCACGCCACACAACCUUUCCUCCUCAAUGCCCAGCACUCCCUGACUGGCAUCUCUGUGCUGCCAUGGGCAAAUUGCUAAGAAUCUGAUUGGUCCAGCUCAUCUGCCUCUGGCCAAGCCGUUGGAGUCAGGUGCCUAUCCAAUCAGAUAUAACCAAGGAGGCAAAGAAAGGUCAUACAAGCAUGGAUCCCUGGGUUGACCUUUUCAGCAGGGACUUCUGUUGGGGCCUGGUACCGAGGAAAGAGUAAGACUGGGUAGGACCUUCAAAAGAAACCUGCUGCAGACUGCAUUUGACCAAUACUCCUAAAGUGCCACCCAGCAGCCAGUACUAGAGGG